GAGAGAGGAUGCCUCACAAUGCCAUCUCUCCACCAGCAAAGAACCUCAUCUUUCUCCACCCUCUCUUCACUCCACCAUCAGCAUCCUCCCAUUCUCUCUCCUCAAAAACCCAAUCUGCAAACCUCCAUGACCAACCUCUCGGCCCUCCUCUCCUCUCUCCUCAAACAAUUACCAGACCCUUCCAAGCCCCACCAUGGCAAGAAGCUCCAUUGCCUUAUUCUCAAAACCGUGGAAAAUACAGACACUUUCGUAACCAACAACCUCAUAAACCUGUAUGCAAAGUCUUGGAAUUUAUCCUACGCUCGAAGAGUGUUCGACCGAAUGCCCCACAAAAACCUCAUUUCAUGGAACUCCAUGAUAACUGGUUAUUCAAAAUGGGGUUUUCUUAGAGAGAUGGAAAACCUCUUCAAAUUGAUGCCCCUUAGAGAUGGUGUUUCUUGGAAUGCUGUUUUAUCUGGUUAUGCGAAUUGGGGUGAUGGAAAAACCGCGAUAAAAGUUUAUCAAGAGAUGUUGCAUAAUUCCCAAACACCCAAUAGGAUAACUUUCUCUCUCUUGCUGAUUCUCUCUUCAAAGCAGUUUUUAGAGAUACUGGGUAGACAGAUUCAUGGCCAAAUUAUCCGAAUUGGUUUUGAAUCCAAUCCUUUUGUAACCAGUCCAUUGAUCGAUAUGUAUGUAAAAUGUUCCAACUUGGAAGGGGCUAGGCGGGUAUUUGAUGAGUUAUCAGAGAGAAACAGUGUUAGUUACAACACCAUGAUUACUGGCUAUUGCAAGUGUGGGAUGGUCGAAGAAGCUAAGAGGAUUUUCAAUAAAAUGCCAGAGAGAGAAAGAGAUUCAGUUUCUUGGACAACCAUGAUCACUGGAUAUAUGCAAAAUGGGCACUCUAGAGAGGCUCUCGAGCUUUUUAGGGGGAUGAAAUUUGCAGAUUCAGCUUCUGAUCAGUUCACUUUUGGGAGUGUUUUAACUGCAAUUGGAGCUCUGAUGGCCUUAAAACAAGGCAAAGAGAUCCAUGCCUAUAUCAUAAGAACAAAUUAUCAGUCGAAUCUCUUUGCUGGUAGUGCUCUAGUGGACAUGUACUCGAAGUGUGGGGCUAUUAAAAGCGCAGAAACUAUUUUCACUCAAAUCCCCCAAAAGAAUGUAAUUUCUUGGACUGCCAUGCUUGUGGGUUAUGCUCAAAAUGGGUUCAAUGAAGAAGCCAUGAGAUUGUUUUGUGAAUUGCAAAGAAAUGGGAUUGAACCUGAUGAUUACACUCUAGGAAGUGUUAUUAGUGCCUCUGCUAGUCUUGCCUCAAUGGAAGAAGGCUCUCAAUUUCAUUGUAAAUCAGUGAUCACAGGCUUGAAUUCCUUUCUCACGGUGGCCAAUGCCAUAGUAACUAUGUAUGCAAAGUGCGGAAGCAUCGAAGAAGCUCAAAGAAUGUUCGCUGUAAUGGAGGUGAGAGAUCAAGUUUCAUGGACUGCUCUGAUUUCAGGCUAUGCACAACAAGGAAAUGCUAAAGAAACCAUUGAGUUAUACGAAAAAAUGCUAAGUACCAAUCUUAAACCAGAUGGAGUAACUUUCAUAGCUGUUCUCUCGGCUUGUAGUAGAGGAGGUCUAGUUGAAUUAGGAAUUCGAUAUUAUGAUUCCAUGAUCAAAGCCCAUGGUAUCUCUCCUUCUUCUGACCACUAUACUUGUAUGAUUGAUCUUCUUGGAAGGGCUGGAAAGCUAAAAGAAGCUGAAGAAUUCAUUAAAAGGAUGCCAUUUCCACCUGACGCUACUGGUUGGGCUUCUCUUCUAAGCUCAUGCAGACUCCAUGGAGAUCCCACUCUUGGCAAAUGGUCUGCGGAUUCUCUUCUAGAGCUAGAGCAUAACCCUGCAAGUUAUAUUCUCCUUUCAAGUAUAUACGCGAAAUUGGGGCAGUGGGAGAGAGUGGCUUGUGUGAGAAGAGGCAUGAGAGAGAGAAGAGUGAGAAAAGAGCCUGGUUUUAGCUGGAUCAAGUACAAGAACCAAGUUCAUUGUUUUAUGGCCGAUGAUAAAACUCACCCAUGUUCUGAUCAGAUAUAUAGGGAGCUGGAGAAGCUUAGGGAGAGAAUGGAGGAUGAGGGAUAUGUUCCCGAAUUGAACUCUGUGCUCCAUGAUGUAGAGGAUGAGAGGAAAGAGGAGAUGCUUGGCCACCAUAGUGAGAAGUUGGCCAUAGCUUUUGGGCUGAUGUUUUUACCUGAGGGCGUGCCUAUUAGAAUUGUGAAGAACCUAAGAGUGUGUGGUGAUUGUCACACUGCUACAAAGUUCAUAUCCAAGAUAACCAGGAGACAAAUUCUAGUGAGAGAUGCAGCUCGAUUUCAUCGGUUUGAGGGAGGCCUAUGUUCUUGUGGGGAUUUCUGGUGAUUCUCUUAACUGUAUCAUAGUGUUGAAGUGUUGGGCAUAUACCUUAAAAAGAUGACAAUGUAUCAUAAAUUGUUUCAGAAAUUAAUAAUUUUCUCAAUUCGAAGUUUUCUUCUCUC